UUGAUGAAGCCAUCAAUGAAUUAGAUCUAUGUAUUGGUUAAAAAAAAUUUGACAGUGAUCUCAACGGUUUUGGAAAUGGAUAAAAGGGCAGGGGUUCGGUCUUGGAGACCAUCUUGCUCAAUCAACUCAUCGCACGGUAUCAUCAUCGCCAUCAGUCUCCAUCACCAAAUCACCAGAAAUAUGGCAUUCUCUGGGUCUAACUUUAAUGCCGAGGAGGAGCGGGUUAUGCUGGAGGCCCUCACCAACGACGAUCCAAUGUGGGGGCAAGUGGCACCGCCGUCUCCACCGGCAGCAGUUCCCGUCCUAGAGUGGGACAUGGCUUCGGAUGUGGAAGAGGGGAUGGAAGAGCAACCGGAGAUCAUCGAUCUCACAGGGGAAGACGAAUUCGAUCCCUCCUAUGACAACGAAGUCGUCAUCGACCUGACUGGAUCCGAUGACGAAUCUUGCAUGAAAGCCGAGGCGCCUCCACCAAGCCCUGCUUCCUCUCUGGCGUGGAGCGGAUAG